CCAUUGAGAUUUCUGUUUGUUUAAAGCCAGCAUUCUCGUUGCUGAUGCUGGGUGAUCUGCAGUGUCUUUCUCAGGCCUGAUCAUAGACAGUUUGCCCCUCUUAAGCUAGUGUUUUUUCAAGACCUAGAAGCUCAAUUAGGCCAUUUCUGGAGAAGUCUUUUUAAUAGGGUCCUUAUUUAACAGAAUAUACCAUUCUCACUAUGUGAGCGACCGUGUCUUUGCCUUGACAACAACCUGCAGCCGUAAAGCGAAUUUAAUUCUCAAACAAGAAGAUUGGCGACAGCUAUCAUUGCAUAUAUUGUUUACUGUAAUAUAUGGGAUUCUUCCCUGGAAACCACGGAGAUGGUAUUUGCCUGGUCUAACAGUAAAUAAUGAGAGAGACCACAAUGGAUUUUAGUACCUCAUCGGUGUUUGAUCAGCACAAAGGUGAUUCAGCAGAAGAAAUCGACCUCACUGUGGUUUACCAAACAGCUGCUAAUGGCGACGUCAACACACUGACUGCAGUGAUUCUUGAAGACCCUUCAAUAUUAGAAUGCUGCGACAGCGAGGGUUGUACCCCCUUGAUGCAUGCUGUUUCGGGACGCCAAGUCGAUACAGUGAAAUUGCUGUUGAAGAUGGGAGCAAAUAUUAAUACUCAAGAUGCCUGUGGACGCACCAGUUUAUCUCUUGCAACCUAUCUGGGGUGGCUUGAAGGCUGUGUCAGUCUGCUCCGAAAUGGUGCCAAGCAGAACAUACCUGAUAAAAAUGGGAGACUGCCACUGCACGCUGCUACCGCAGAGCCUGAUGUGAGGCUUCUAGCGGUGCUGCUGCAGCAAUCGCAUCUAAGUGACAUUAAUCAUCGGGACAAUGAGGGAAUGACCGCCCUUCACUGGGCUGCUUUCCACAAUCGGCCCCAGCAUGUGCAAACCCUGCUGCAGAAAGGAGCAGAUCCAACUCUGGUGGACAAAGACUUUAAAACAGCUCUUCACUGGGCAGUACAGAGUGGAAACAGGAUUCUGUGUUCCAUCAUUCUGAACCAUCACCAAGGUCCAUCGAUAAUAAACUAUGACGAUGAGAAUGGGAAGACGUGUAUGCACAUUGCUGCUGCUGCAGGUUACAGUGACAUUAUCAGUGAGCUGGCUAGAGUCCCAGAGUGCAAUCUACAGGCCCUUGAUGUGGAUGACAGGACGCCUCUGCACUGGGCUGCAGCAGCAGGGAAAGCUGACUGUGUACAGACGCUGCUGCAGCUGGGGAUAGAUAGUAGCUCUCGGGACAUCAAUGAAAACACUCCUCUGACAUACGCCUUGUACUGUGGGCACACAGCAUGCAUCAAGCUGCUCUCUCAGGAGAACAGUAGAUCUGAGCCAGUCCAUCACCCUCCUUCACAGAACAAUAAAAUCCUAAAGAAGGAAGGAAGAUUCAGUAUGAUUAACCAAAUCUUCUCCUGCAAAAAGAAGAAAGAUGAUCAGAAAACAAACCAGAAAGACAGAGGCAGAGACAGAUAUCAAAGGGAAGAGACCUCGGAAGUUGAUGACAUUAUCACUACAUUUGAUUGCAUUAUGGACACGAACUGUAAAGACAACUCCGAGGAAUGUAUGACCACUGUUGACUUUAAAAGAAGAAGCACAGAUACCCAGAAGUACCUCAUAUCAGAAAAGAAGCAGCCAGAGUAUAAUGGACUUCCUCCAAUAAGAACACAAAGUCUCCCCCCCAUUACUAUAGGCAAAUCUUUUCGAACAACUUCCUACAGUGCAACUUCAAGUGUCUCCUUAGCUACUAAUGCCUACCAUUUUGCACACAGGUCUCAGAAAAGUAGAAGUGAACAUGACUUGUUAAAUCACAGAAGUAGCUGCCAGACUUUAUCAGACAAUCCUUGGAACACAGAUGCUAACCAAAUACUCUCGUAUAAAGUCUGUACUGCAACUCCUUCAGAUAAACUGAUAGAUGGUUUACUCUCUGAAAGAUCCAGCCAUGUGCUUUUGUGCCCUCCCCACCUUCCCUAUCUGCCUAGUUCUCCAUCAGGUAAUUUCUUUGUUCAAUAUCCCCCGUAUCAUCUAAUCUCUACAGACAUGGCAGGUUGGAUAGGGGCAUGUUGGAAAUAUAGGGAAAAGUUUUCAACAGAUGUCCCUAGACCGACUCAAAGUAAAAGACCUUACUCCUGUACGGAACAAUCUAGCUCCCAUACCAGACCACUGUGUUCAGAAAAUCCAGCUACCACCUACUGAAGUUUCUCAUGGUGUCAAGAAGUCAAAGUCUCUGUCUUUAAACUCCUUAAGGACUGGCACAACUAUUCUCCCACCAGCACUUACCUCCAAAUCCCAGAGAGGAGGACUUUCUCAAAGUCAUUCACUGCAUUCCUUCUUACCUGUUGUAUCAGGGGAGUCUCUCAGAACAAGCCGUGUCCUGCCUGCUAUCCCGAGUCAGAAGGGGUCCACUCUCACAGUGGAAUACUCUAAGAAAUCUUCCAGCAAAUCAGACAGUGAAAAUUAGCUCAUCUUGCUGGCCUCAAACACAUAGAUGGAAAUAUUUCGAAGCUUUUUAUUACAAGAUAACUAUACAGUAGAACCUCGCUAAUUCACGUUAAUGAAAGCUGAUGACAACUAGACUGUUAAUGAUUAAACAAUUUAAAAAGCAAGGAUAAUGUAUCACACACCGUAUUUUGUGCAUUGUUUUGACUUUUAGUAUUUUAAUUUAUGAUUAAUUUGAUAGUGAGUAGUAAAUAUACUGUAGUAUAUUUUGUGAAAGGAGACCCUGGUAACAUACAACUCUACUACAGCACUGUAUUAAAUCUUUGCUGAGAAGGAGGGCUAGAAUGCCAGGGUUUGUGUGAGAGUCAUAAAGUGUUUGGAUAAGUGAAAUAUGAGUUGGUGAGGUUCUACUGUAAUUCAAAAAGCAAAGGCUCUGAUGCUGAAAACCAAUUUUUUUUUUUUUAAACUAAAAUUCUGAACUCUAAAGAAACAUCAGUUUUGGUAAAUCAGCUGUUAUUUUCCAAUUUAUUUCUAACACAUUUUCUACACUGUGAAUUUGUGAUUUUUGUGAUCUCCACAUGCCAAAAAAAUGUAACACAAAAAACCAAAUCUUUGUAAGACAGACAGGGACAUAGCAUGGGCCUUUCAAAAUGUUUGCUGAUUGCACGGAUUGAUUUAUGUAUCUGAUUUACUUAAUACUUUAUAUUCUUCAAUAACAAGACACUGUAUUAUUUUCAUAUAACAAGGAUAAUUCAAUCAGAUCAGUGUUAUUAGCUGUUAUUUCAUCAAUUUAAUCCUUCUGAGCUACAAAUUAAAAAAAAAUCAAAACUGAAAGCCUUUUAAUCAACAGAAAUUUGAAUUGCAUUAUAUGGGGGCAUGCUCUAUGGUCUUUUGCAAAACAUUUUCUAACACUGUACUUUUUUGGAGGCUGACAGAGUUAGUCAGCAUAUGAUUGCUACAGGGUGCUCAUCUCUUUGCUUUCCCAUAUUACAGUCUUCAGUUAACAACCUACUUCUCCAUUUCUAGUCAAAUACAUAGGUUGAU